UAAAUCUUUCAAUCUGCCUGGAGUUUUUUUUUUCCUCUGUCUUCAGUUGCGAUGAUUCACGUACAAAAUGCUGAGAUGACUUUUUGCUUUCAAAUAAAAGCAAAAACUUAAAAGAAAUUUUAAAACUAUAUAUAUGAGUAAGCUCAUAGAGAAGUGAGACUUGGGGAAAAGAAACUGAUCCAUCAUCACAAUGAGACUGGGACAGAACUGGAAAAAAGUCCAUGGGCGAUGGGGGAACUGAGACUGUGAAUGUGAAGGUGCUGAAUCCUAUUUGUUAUUCAGCUCUUCUGCUCUGGUAUUCAAUAGCUUUACCUGCUCGACUCGUUUGCUCCCUUGUCGGGCAGCUCACCGUUCUUGAAAAAUGAUAAUAGAAUAAUUGACACACCAGCACCCUGGGGCCAAGUAUCCUGAAUACCACGUCACAUACUCCGUCCAAAAGCAGCACCACCAGUGUUUGCUUACGUAAUCCAGAUGAUUGACAGAGAGUGAUGAGUGCCACAGGGGGAAGAGGAAGUAGAAGAAAAUGGCCGUAAAGUGUGUCGUUGCUUAACAUCCGGUUGAGGAGACUGGUUGAUUGGACAGAAGGAGAUUUUGAAUAGAGAGACUACAUGAGCAGCUCGAGUAACAAAGGCAAACACUGGUGGGUGUGACAGAGUUUUGAACCUUGUCGAACCUGUUGCUGCUAAAAAUACUCACUUUUUCACUUCACACACUGCUGCAAACUGCUAAUGUGUUAUUGUGUGUAUUGAUAGCUACUCUACAGGUGUGUCUCACCUUUGGACAGUUGGACUUCAUUCUCCUGAUGACACUCCCUUUGGGAAUAAAAACAAACCCACAUCACUCUUUUAAACUCGGCAGUUGAAGUUCUUCCUUCCAGGCCUGACUGCGCUCUCAAAUUCUGUCUUUGUGGAACUGGAGGCUUCACGAAGAAAACAAGAUGAUGGAAGAAAUGCCCAUCCAGAUGGCAUGUAGCAACCACAUGUUGGAACAGAUGAGCGAAGAAGAGAUCCUGGCCUGUCUGGUGGCUGAUACUGAGCCGACAUUCCCCGUACCAACAAAGAAAGCUAAACUCAGGACAUGUCGUCUUCAAAUCAUGGAAGAUGAAGACCCCGUGGACAAAUGUCUGAACCUGAACCGUCAGCUUCAGCAGACUAGUCUACGUCUGGAGCAGGAGAAUGACAGCCUGGCCCACAAACUAAUUACCAGCAAGAUUGACCUGAGGAAUGCCUUGGACAAGGCAGAUGAUAAAGUGGAAGUGCUCACCAAAAACCUUCAACUGACCAAAAAUCAACUGCAGGCUGCCGAAGCAGAGAGACGUGAGAAGGAGGAGGAAUGUGCUGUGCUGAAGGAGAUGUUUCGGAGGGAUUUGGAGAAAGCGCAGGAGGAAGCCAAAAGAUCAUCAUGCAUCAUUGCAGACUACAAACAGAUCUGCUCUCAGAUGAGAAAUCGUUUGGAGAAGCAGGAAGCCACCCAUAAGGAGGAGCUGGAGACACUCAAGAGUGCAAUCGAGUCUUGCUCCCGCUGUCGACAUAUCAUAGAACCAGAGGGACUGUCCGCUAUAAAUUAUGAGGGACGGAGUGUUGGAACAGCUCCAGAGGAUAGCUUUGGAACGGCCGACCCGGGCCAGGAUGACGACACCGCAGGUCUCAGAGUGGCUGAUCAGAGGAAGAAGAACCAGGAGUGGGAGUCCCUCAGUGCUCAGAUCAGGGAGCUGGAACAGGAGUUGGCCCAGACCAAACUGCAGAUGGUGGAGGCCAAGUGCCACAUUCAGGAGCUGGAGCACCAGAAGGGACUCCUGACCACUGAGCUUGACACAGCAAAGAGCCGAUGGUUCAACAAGGCCUUCACCUCCCUGCGGCCCCCCAUCAGGCCACUUCCCAGCACCCCCACCCGCAGGGCGAGGCCCCCCGCGCUGAACUGGAACCUGCACAGCAAGCCCCUCUCUGAGUGGACCUCCAAGAAGCUCUCGUGGCCUCACAGAGACAAUAACGGAAGUGUCUCAUAGCUCGGACUGCCAAUGGACUCAAGUGUAAAUAAAUAUUUAUGAAG